UGUGCCAGCGCUCCGCCAUAUUGACUGUUGUCUUGACUGGAGAAGAUAGUGAACAUUUGUGUUCCUAGAAGAAUCGAAACCGUGCUUUUAAACACCUCUAAACUUAGUGCAAACCUUGGCCAAAGGAUAUAUAUAUCCGACACCUGCGUGAUGGCGAGGAAGAAAAGCAAACAGCAAGGAGUCGGGAGCAAGGAGCUGGUUCCCGGACAACAGAGCAUAUCGAAGAGCCCCGUCUCUCCCGGAGAUACAGCUGGCGGAGAUGCAGGGCUGGAUAGACUGGCGGCCAGGGCGAAUCAGCCAAUGCACACCUGCUGCCUCCUGUGCCACCGUGAUUUUAAGGACUGGGGGGCCAGCUCUGCCAAUGGUCUGCCUGGGGGCCACGAAGCGAAGCUAGCUGACGCUGUCCCAGCCCUGUCCCAGGCCCUGCUCCGAGAGGUGCCGGGCCAGAAGCUGUCCGACACCGUGCCUUCGCUGAGCCAGUCUCUACUGGGAGAGGUACCGCUCUGGAUCUGCCAGAGCUGCCGGAAGAGCGUCGAGGAGGAAGAGAGACGGAGCGCACAGGAAACGGCUGCACCGGUUCCGUUGUCCCACUCAUCAUCGUGUAAGGCUCAGAGUUGUAGUGAAGGUUACCCAGAGCAGAGCUCCGUAGACUGGGACCCGUCUUCCUUCCUCUCAGCCCACAAACUUUCUGGUCUGUGGAACUCAGCUCACAGCAACGGAGGGAUCCACUGCAACCACAGCACUGCCUCGCACGCACAGCAAGGAACAGGGGGACCAGCGUGUCACGAGAAGCGAGUCUCUCACGAGACUCCUGGGAAAUCUGCUAAAACACCUGGGGCCAAAGUGUGCCCCUACAGUCACCCUUCUCAGAAUUCCAGUGGUUCGUCCCCCGGGAACCCGCUCUCUACCUCCGGGGACCUCUGUAAGACCACCCCAAAGCACUUCAAGACCAUGUGCCGACGACCAGCUCCGCCUGGUGAAGCAUUCCACCCCAGCGACCACCACCAACACUCAGACCUGUCUGUCCCCCCCAACAGCCCCACUGGCCUCUCCUCCUCUCAGCAUUCCUCUCUCCUGACCCUCAAGCAGAGCUCCGGAGGGCAGCAACACGGCCAUGUCACAUCCUCCUCCUCUCCCGGUCUAGCUGCUCACGCUCCCUUCUCCCCGCUGGUACCAAAGGUCCACGUCCCCACGGCAGGGGCCAAGCUGGGGGCCCUGGGUGGCCCUGACUGCCCAACAGCGGCCCUCCAUAAGCCCUUGGCAUGUAAGAACUCACACAUUCCUCCUGUGAACGGUCAGCACAGCAAACUGGGCUCCUCCGUGAUGGGCUGUAACCACCCCUGCAACGGCCACAGUGGGGGGGCACUGCCCUCUUCCAACGUGGGACACCUGACAGCUGGGCAACACCUGACCGCUGGUGCCUGCAGGGACCAGGCGUGUAAAGGACAUAAGCUGUCUAACGGGUUGGGGGGGUUGUGUCACCCCCCUUCGGAGCUGGAGGAGGGAGAGGACGAGGACUCGAGUUCUGAGAGGAGCUCCUGUGCUUCCUCCUCAAACAACCAGAAGGAUGGGAAGUACUGUGACUGCUGCUACUGUGAGUUCUUCGGACACAACGCGCCCCCGGCGGCUCCGACCAGCCGUAACUACACAGAGAUCCGUGAGAAGCUCCGGUCCCGUCUAACACGUCGUAAGGAGGAGUGUCUUCCCCAGAGACGUGACUCUGACCCGUCCGUGUCCACCUCCAUCGACCACCGAGACGUGGACGAGCUGCUGGACUUCAUCAACUCAGAGCACAAACCAGCCAACAGCGCUAAGGCUGCCAAGCGGGCACGCCAUAAACAGAAGAAGAAGGUGAUGUCAAAUGACAUGGAGAAGCAGACCCAGGCGGGUAGUGGUGAUGGUGAGGGAGCUGGUAGCGACCCCCCCUCCACCCCUCCAGAGCCCAGUGAGGACCCAGACCACCUCAGCCAGGAGGAGGAGGAUGUGGACGGGGAGUACGGUGAAGGCCCGGAGGCUAGUCGGCUGCUGGAGUGGCCCCAGCUGGAACUAGAGAGGGUCAACUCCUUCCUGACUUCUCGGCUAGAGGAGAUCAAAAACACCAUCAAGGACUCUAUCCGGGCCUCGUUCUCCAUGUACGACCUCAACCUGGAUGUGAAUGACUUCCCGAAGAAGGCUGCUACUCUGGAGGGCAACCAUCUUCUCUCCCACCUCAACGGCUCCUCCUGCUCUGACCUGCAGCAGAUAGACCUGGACCUGGCCCCUCUCUCCCUGGGUACCUUCAAGAGCCAUCUGGACCUGGUCAGCGGCUGGGAGGAGGCCCAUCCCCGGGACAACUCCCCCAUCGGCCCCAUCUCAACCCCCGCUAGUACUACUGUACCUGGGGUAGGGGGACCAGGGGUUGGUACUGGGGUGAAGAAUGUUCACAGGCUCCACACCACCCCCAGCCUCUCCAAGCUGAUCCGAGUGCACUCCCCAGAGAGUUACCCCUCUGCUAGGCCUGAGAAUAAACACCAGGCCCCUGCUUCGAUCCAGGCCUAUAUUAAGGUAGCUAAGCCUAAAGAGGAGACUCCAGCGGAGCCCAGGAACAUUACUAUCUCUACUCCUGGGGCUGGGGUUAAUGCUGGGGCUGGCAGGAACAUUACUAUCCCUACUCCUGGGGCUGGGGUUAAUGCUGGGGCUGGCAGGAACAUUACUAUCCCUACUCCUGGGGCUGGGGUUAAUGCUGGGGCUGGCAGGAACAUUACUAUCCCUACUCCUGGUGCUGGGGUUAAUGCUGGGACUGGCAGGAACAUUACUACCCCUACUCCUGGGGCUGGGGUUAAUGCUGGGGCUGGCAGGAACAUUACUACCCCUACUCCUGGGGCUGGGGUUAAUGCUGGGGCUGGCAAGCUGAAGAAGGGCAAGAAGCAGCAGCAACGGCAGGACCAGCUGCCUCCAGAACAGAACCAGACCAGACCCGGAUCCAAAGCAGCUGCAGAAUCUCAGAAAACUGGUUCUAACAGUUCUGAUGCUGUGGGUUCUAAGGCUGGUUCUGGUUCCAAACCACCACCUCACUCAGCUGAGAGCCAGAGAACCGGGCCAAGGAGGGCAGAGGAGACCAGGCCCACCCGGCAGCAGGCCACCAACGGGACAGUGAGUAACGCGGGUGCUCCCAGCACGCAAAGAGGGAAGGGGGAGGAGCAAGAGGCCAAAGGUCACUCUGUCACCUCAACCAAUCACAACCAAGUCCAGCAGCAGCAGCCCAAGGGGAAGAAUAAGAAGAACAAGAACAAGGGAGAGAAAACCAGCCGCAACAUUGACGAUGUGUUUCUCCCUAAAGACGUAGACCCAAAAGAAAUGGAUGAGAUUGAUCGUGAGGUGGAAUACUUCAAAAGGUUUUGCCUUGACUCUGCUAAACAGACCCGCCAGAAGGUUGCAGUAAACUGGUCCAACUUUACCCUUAAAUAGGUUCCUUUCAACUCAGCCCAGUAACUGACGGGUUCUAGGAAGCAGAACCCCCCCCCCCCCAACGUGACUAUGUCCAUACAACCCUGACGGCCUGAGGCCUUUUCUCUUUCCCACUCUUACUCCUCCUCCUUUUCUUUUCCCUCACCAAGCCAAGGGACCCUGGUGCAACACCGUUUUCCAUUCGUCAGGUCUGACAGCCGGGGAUCAUUCACACACGGGCCCGACAGACUCGAUUCUUUGCUGUUUCACAACGAGGGAGAUGAGAGAUCCAGGUUGAAACAUAGACGGGUGUUGGUUCUCUGUCUAUCAGAUCUGAUCUACUGUGUACUUCACUACGUAGUAUGGAAAACAACCUGUUUUUAUUGUAAUUGUGGGAGAUUUUAACAUUGUAGACACCUUCUUGGAUUGUUAUCGGUUGGUUCUAUUUGGUGCUUCUUGUUUCCAAAAGGUACUGACCCACGACCCCACGAUGAAUUUUUACUGUCUUUAGUUUAGGGUAAUCUCCCCCAUCUCUCCCUCAACACACAACGCUCUGUGGAUAGGCACUGUUUUAGAUAAUGAAUUGCAUCUUAAAUGAUUUUACGUAGAUUUUUAAGUUCAGAUCAGAAUAGGUCUUAUGGUAUGGAAGGACGUAAUGUCAAAGCACAUGCUGUCAUAGACACCCCCACCAUGUGUGGGCUGGUUAUCUGUACUGUCAUAGACACCAUGUGUGGGCUGGUUAUCUAUACUGUCAUAGACACCCCCACCAUGUGUGGGCUGGUUAUCUAUACUGUCAUAGACACCCACACCCUGUGUGGGCUGGUAAUCUAUACUGUCAUAGACAGCAUGUGUGGGCUGGUUAUCUAUACUGUCAUGGACACCAUGUGUGGGCUGGUUAUCUGUACUGUCAUAGACACCAUGUGUGGGCUGGUUAUCUAUACUGUCAUAUACACCAUGUGUGGGCUGGGUAUCCAUCCUGGUAUUGUGCUCUCAUGACCUCAAAUCGUACUGCUCUGAUUGUGCCAACCUGUCCCCUCAAUAUGACAUCACAGGCUGAACCAACGCUGUUCAUUCAUUUAAUGGUUUGUAGGUUCAACAUCAAGUCUGAGUUCAAGAUUGUGCCCUAUUCCUUAUGUAGUACACUCCUUUAGACCAGGACCCAUAGGGCUAUAGUGAAAAGUAGUGCACUAUAUAGGGAAUAGGGUGCAACCCAUUGAGUAAGUCAUUAUGGUGUAGUUUAUCAAUGGCAGUGGAUGACACGGAACAAUAGAUUCAUUACCUCCUUGUAUAAUGCUAUUAUUUUAUAUGAAAUUGUGACAAAUGAUUUUGUUAAAACAAAAUGAACGUUUGGAAAGUAAUCAACGACACUAAUAUAAACAUUUUCUUUUAAUAUAUAUAUAAAUAAAGAAACAAAAUAUUUAUCUGGUUACUGUGUUUAACACUUCAAAUCACAUCUCACUAUGUGUUCAAAUAAAACCAGAUUGAUUUGUCCCCCUGUAUAUUCUAUAUAAAUCAUGGUUAUCUUCAGUGGUCAGCCUCCCCGUGUUGUUCAGAUAUCUGAUAUCGAGUCAUACUCCAUAUCUCUAUGCUUCAAAGUUACAUCUCCCAUUGGUUGUUGAAGUAACUGUUAAUCAGAGCUGAUAUUUCCCAUUGGUUGUUGAAGUAACUGCCAAUCAGAGCUGAUAUUUCCCAUUGGUUGUUGAAGUAACUGCUAAUCAGAGCUGAUAUCUUCCCCUAUGGUGGUUUGUGAUUAUGGUUCUAUACUGUGGCCAUGUUCUCAACUGUCUUGCUUCUCAAACGGCACCCUAUUCCCUAUAUAGUGCACUACUUGUGACCAGGGCCCAUAGGGUAGUGCACUACUUCUGGCCAGGGCCCAUAGGGUAGUGCACUAUAUAGGGAAUAGGGUGCUAUUUGGGAUGCUACACCAUGGCUGCCUCAUACUGUUGUUUUGAUCUCUCAACUCCUUCACAUACAGGAUUGUAUUCAUUAGGUAUCUAACGGAAGAAAACAGACAAACAGGAAGGGACGACUUGGACUUGUCCAUUUUAAGAACUGUUUUUAUUUUCAGUUGAAAAAUGUUUGUACAUAAAAAGUGAUUUUAGGGCAUUUUAAACACGUCCGCAAUGAUAACCUGUCUCUCGUGAGGUUUGGCGAGGAUUCAACCAUGGUACAAAAAUUCACAAUACUCUGUGACCCUUCGGGGGUCAAACACCUCAAUUAGAUCCUCUGCUGUCACUCCGUAUGUGAUGAGUUCCCUUUCUGAUCAGAAAACGAUCAAUAGUUUAAGUGAUAUUCCGAAAGAAGUGGUGCUUCGAUGAUUCCAAGUUAGUCAUCAAAAACAUGUUUCCGUGAUUUUUUAUUUUUUUUUGAUUUUUUGGGGGGGAAGAAAAUCUGUUUCUGAAAUUUUGUAUCCCAGUUUAUAUUCAACUAGAAGACAUUAUCUGAAAUGUGUGGAAUGUAGAUGUAUACUAUACUGUUAAUGUAGGCCUAAGACAAGUUGGCUUUUCUGUUUUUUUUUAUUAUUCACUUUUGAUACUGUGAAAAUCUUUCGUUCAGAAAGAUUAAAACAUUACAGUUUUGACAAAAUAAAGUGUGGUGUUUUAUUUG